AUGCUGGCGGCGGAGGUGGCGGGGAGCGCGCGAGCGCUCGUGGGGCGGGCGGGGCCGCGCGCCAUGGUGGCCGGCCUGGGCAACUACGGGAUGCGAGGCACACGGCACAGCGUGGGCAUGGAGGUGCUGGACCGGCUGGCCCGGCAGCUGGCGGUGGCCGAGGGCUGGCGGGUGGACAAGCGGUGCUGUGCUGAUGUGGCCCUGGCCACAGCCCACGGCCUGGAGCUGGUGCUCCUCAAGCCACGGAGGUUCAUGAACCUCAAUGGGCUCAGCGUUGCCAGUGCUGCUGAGAUCUACAGCCUUGGCCCCGGAGACGUUUACCUGGUUCACGACGACCUGGACAAGGCCCUGGGCAAGGUGGCAAUCAAGCUGGGAGGCAGCGCAAGGGGACACAAUGGGGUCCAAUCCUGCAUCAGUGCUCUGCAGUCCAACGAGAUGACCCGGCUCAGGAUCGGCAUCGGGCGGCCAGAGGGUGACGUGACAGUGCCCAACUAUGUCCUGUCUCCGUUCAGUGCUGGGGAGAGGGAGAAGCUGGAGCAGAUCCUGGCCCAGGCAGUGACCUGCCUGCUGGAGCACAUCCAGAGCCGAGUACCUGCAGAGCCAGGGGACAGGGGCUGACACAAACCCCCAGGACCCUUGUGACUGAUGGACAGGGUGCUGCAGGCACUCUGGAGUGACCAGGGAGCUGGAGCAGAGCCGGCCCAGCCUGGCUGGGAGCUGGGGCAGCCUCCUUCCAUGCCCACACCAAUCCAGGCAGCUCGUGUCCCACUUGAAUCCCUGCAGAGGCUCCACGCCUCAGUUUGGCACAGAAAUGAAAUAAACCC